UUUGUUAGAUUUUUUCCACCACCCUAAACCUGAAGUUGAGAGGGAGAUCAUGAGUGGGCGCGAGUCGCACCGGUACUUUGCUUGGAAAAUGUUGUGGAUGAUGAGCGCCCUGACGGACCUGGCGCUGUGCCAGGAAACCUACGCGCCGCACUCCAUCAGACUCGAAGGGGACUUGACCCUGGGCGGCCUCUUCCCGGUACACGCGCGCGGCGUCGCCGGCGAGCCGUGCGGAGACGUCAAGAAGGAGAACGGCAUCCACCGGCUCGAGGCGAUGCUCUACGCGCUGGACCAGAUCAACAGCGACGACGAGCUGCUGCCCAACAUCACUCUGGGCGCGCGCGUUUUGGACACGUGCUCGCGCGACACCUACGCGCUCGAGCAGUCGCUGACGUUCGUGCAGGCCCUCGUGCAGAAGGACACGUCGGACGUCCGGUGCACGAACGGCGAGCCACCGGUGUUCGUCAAGCCCGAGAAAGUGGUGGGGGUGAUCGGAGCGUCAGCGAGCUCCGUGUCCAUCAUGGUGGCCAACAUACUGCGCCUUUUCCAGAUUCCCCAAAUCAGCUAUGCCUCCACAGCUCCAGAGCUCAGCGAUGAUCGACGCUAUGAUUUCUUCUCACGUGUUGUUCCACCAGACUCAUUCCAGGCUCAGGCCAUGGUGGACAUUGUCAAAGCUAUGGGCUGGAAUUAUGUCUCGACUAUAGCGUCAGAAGGCAGUUAUGGAGAGAAAGGAGUGGAGGCCUUCAUGCAGAUUUCACGAGAAGCCGGUGGAAUAUGCAUUGCACAGUCCCUGAAAAUUCCACACGACCGCAAACAAGCUGAUUUCGACAAGAUUAUCCGGACGCUUCUCGAUACUCAUCAGGCCCGAGCUGUGAUUAUGUUUGCCUAUGAUGAAGACAUUCGGGAAAUUCUGAAUGCCAGUAAAAGGGCUGACCAAGUAGGGCACUUCUUAUGGAUUGGGUCUGACAGCUGGGGUGCAAAGAACAGCCCGAUUCACAGCCUGGAGGAUGCAGCAGUGGGAGCCAUCACCAUUCUUCCAAAACGAGCCACUAUAGCUGGAUUUGAUGCCUACUUUACAUCCCGCACGCUGGAAAACAACAGAAGGAACGUGUGGUUUGCUGAGUACUGGGAGGAGAAUUUCAACUGCAAGCUCAUGAGCUCAUCCAAGAAAGAAGAUACCAAUAGAAAGUGCACAGGCCAGGAACGGAUAGGAAUUGACUCCAAGUACGAGCAGGAGGGGAAAGUGCAGUUUGUAAUUGAUGCAGUGUACGCCAUGGCACACGCGCUACACAACAUGCACAAAGAUUUGUGUCCUGAGCAGUCAGGCAUCUGCUCUGAGAUGGAAGCUGCCGGCGGCAAGAAGCUGCUCAAAUACAUCCGCAACAUCAACUUCAACGGAAGUGCUGGAACUUCUGUGACAUUCAACCAAAAUGGAGACGCACCAGGCCGCUAUGAUCUCUUCCAGUACCAGAUGAACAACAACAGCUCUCCGGGUUAUAAAGUGAUCGGCCAGUGGACAGAAUCUCUCCAGCUUAAUAUGGAGGACAUGCAGUGGCCCAGUGGUGAUGUUGAAAUCCCUGGAUCCAUCUGUAGCAAGCCAUGUAAGACCGGCCAAAGGAAGAAAACAGUAAAAGGGAUGCCAUGCUGCUGGCACUGUGAGCCCUGUGAUGGCUACCAGUACCAGUUUGACGAAACAACAUGCAAGUUGUGCUCCUACAAUAUGCGACCCAAUGGUAACCGAACCGGGUGCCAGCCCAUCCCUAUCGUCAAGCUGGAGUGGCAUUCUCCCUGGGCAGUCAUCCCUGUCUUCUUGGCAAUGCUCGGCAUCGUGGCUACCAUUUUCGUCAUGGCUACAUUCAUCCGUUACAACGACACACCCAUAGUGCGAGCUUCAGGACGGGAACUCAGCUAUGUGCUUCUGACAGGGAUCUUCCUUUGCUAUAUUAUAACUUUUGUGAUGAUUGCCAAACCUGAUGCAGCGGUCUGUUCCUUCAGACGCAUCUUCCUCGGCUUGGGGAUGUGUAUUAGCUACGCUGCACUGCUAACCAAGACAAAUAGAAUUUACCGAAUCUUUGAAGAGGGGAAGAAGUCAGUGACACCACCUAGACUGAUCAGUCCAACAUCCCAGCUUGCAAUAACAUCGAGCCUCAUUUCGGUGCAGCUUCUUGGAGUCUUCAUAUGGUUUGGGGUGGAUCCUCCGAACACAAUAAUUGAUUAUGAUGAACAGAAAACUAUCAAUCCAGACAAAGCUAGAGGUGUGCUCAAGUGUGACAUUACAGAUUUACAAAUAAUUUGCUCACUGGGAUACAGUAUUUUGCUUAUGGUCACAUGUACGGUCUAUGCCAUCAAGACACGAGGAGUUCCCGAGAACUUCAACGAGGCCAAGCCCAUUGGCUUCACCAUGUACACCACCUGUAUUGUUUGGCUGGCCUUCAUUCCUAUAUUCUUUGGAACAGCGCAGUCUGCAGAAAAGCUGUACAUCCAGACCACCACGCUCACCAUCUCCAUGAACCUGAGCGCCUCGGUGGCUCUUGGUAUGCUCUACAUGCCCAAGGUCUACGUGAUCAUCUUCCAUCCGGAGCUAAAUGUCCAGAAACGCAAGCGCAGCUUCAAAGCAGUAGUGACGGCAGCCACCAUGUCAUCACGCCUCUCGCACAAACCGAGCGAUCGACCAAACGGCGAAGCCAAGACAGAACUGUGUGAAAACGUCGACCCUAACAGUCCGGCUGCAAAGAAAAAAUAUGUGAGCUACAACGACCUUGUGAUCUAAGGACCUCCAUCACCAGAGGGAAGCAAUCAGCGAGAAGACAUGGUCUUUUGCCAUUCGUGAGGGGGGAAAAAAAAGACCCUGGGUUUGAGGGAGGAAGGAUUUUUGUGUUUCUUUGGCGUACCGCGUGCUCAAUAUCUGAGCUCCACUGUACUGCACAUGUAUCACAAAAUAAUGGAUGAUUUUUACAUUUUGAAUUCGGUAAGCUGGAGCAUGGAAAGGAUAGAGAAGCUGAAUCAGGAUGGUGAUUUGUCCCCCUACAAA